AUGGCAGACAGAGCGAGCAAUGUGCUGAAAAGGCUUCACCCGGAAGACGAUGAAGCCGAGAGCCAGAAACGUGCCAGAUCCAACAAUGGCUCUCCUCGUCCCACAACCGCAGCCACCUCCGCCUCCUCUACGCCGAUGGGAUCAAAGCCAGAUGCCGAUGCGAUAGUGGCUCGUGCUAAGGCUGCGGCUGCGGCCAAGGCGGCCGAACUGAAAGCGAAACUGGCAGCCAUGAAGAAUGGUGCAGCAACCUCGUCGCCUGCGAUGGCAACGAGUGCGUCCCCCACCCCUCCUCUGAGUGCAGCCGACAGGAUUGCCCAGAUGAGGGCCCGUGUAGCGGCGGCAACUGGUCGAAUAGCGACCCAGACUCAGCAAAGGCCAUCAACGAAUUACACCGCGCCAGCCUACAAUGACGAUAUGUCCAAAGCACGAGGAGGAUUGAACAUUGGUAUACACCCUGACUUGCUGGCCGAUACCCAGCAUGACGCUCAGAGGAACAAGGGGCGAGCGCCGCAGCCUAAGUUUGCAACUGCUAUGGGAAACCGAAGAACAGAAUCUCCUGCCCCGUUGCAACAAAAGGCACAGCUGGAUCUCUCGGGGCCUUCGUUGGAUGAACUCAAAGAGAACCCUUAUUUCGAUCCGAAUCUGGGUUCGCGGAAUGUACUACCCAAAGCCCGGCAUUCUAGACAGCUGGUCUUCAACCAAAAGGGCAAAUACAUGCAACAAGCGGCGGCACUCCGACGACAAGCGCAAUUGGAAGCUAUGAAGAAGAAGAUUGCGGAGCGCGCGAGGCAGGCUGGGUUGGAAGAGGAUCUCGAUACCGAAAAAGCGUUCCUUGUCCCUGCCCCGCCUGACCUGGAAUGGUGGGACGAAGGUCUUGUUAAUGGCAAAUCCUAUGAUGCCAUCUCCGAUCCGGCAAAUCUGAAAAUCGAUACCCCGGACAGCAUCAUCACAGUCUAUAUCCAGCACCCUGUUCUCAUCGAGCCACCGCAGGAGAAGAACAAUCCGGCACCGAAACCCAUGUAUCUCACAUCCAAGGAACAGGCCAAAUUGCGCCGUCAACGACGCAUGGCUGAUCUCAAGGAAGAGCAAGCCAAGAUCCGACUAGGCCUCGUUCCACCUCCUCCGCCCAAAGUGAAAAAGAGUAACUUGAUGCGUGUUCUCGGUGAGGAAGCCGUCAAAGAUCCCACGGCUGUCGAGGCCCGCGUGAACAGGGAGAUCGCAGAACGAGCAAGGAAGGCCGAAGAAGACAAUCUGUCACGCAAAUUAUCGAAAGAACAACGCGCCGAAAAACUGGCGAAGCAGCAAGCCGAAGACGCCGCCCGUGGGAUCCACAUACGCGUUUACAAAAUCGACUCGCUGGCCAACGGCAAACACAGAUACCAAGUCUCUGUCAAUGCGGACCAGAAUAGGCUCACGGGCGUCGUCAUCAUGCACCCGAAAAUGAACCUCGUCGUGGUCGAAGGCGGCGAACACAGCAUCCGGAACUACGACAAGGUGAUGCAGAACCGCAUUCGAUGGACCGAGAUGGAAGCGCCCCGGUCUGUGGCAGAAGGGAACCGCGAAGCCCUGGCAAAGUGGCUCGAGGCCGAGGACGAGAAUGGCGAACUGAAAGAUCUGAGCUUGAACAAGUGCGAGUUGAUCUUCAAGGGCGAGGAGAAACAGCGCAAUUUCAAGCGGUGGCUGGGAGCCAGGGUGUGUGAGACAGACGCACAAGCUCGGGACGUGUUGAGCAGAGCAAAGAUGGAGAACUUCUGGGCUCUGGCGAAGAGUUUCAAGAAGGAAGUCUGA